GCAGAAAAGAUUAAUAAAUCAAAGUUUGGAAUGAAAGUCAUUCACGCAUAUCCAAUUCGUGAAUAUCACACCCAGGAAAAGGUAUACAUUCACAUUAUUACAUGGAACCAUUAUGAUAGAAGACGAAUUUUGAGGGAGGUCCAUAGGUAUGAGAUGGGGACUGCUUCAGACGAUGAUACCAGCAAACAUUAUUACCAAAAAAUAGCUCAUGAAAAAAAGUUACCUCUUUCUGAGAGGGCAAUACUAAGUGGGUAUAACUAUAUUUCUGAUACGAAUUCACCACAUUAUUCCUAUUUUUUUCACAUAUCUGUAGAUAAUUAUCAGUCUCUAGAAGAAAACAAGCCAGAUGAUCAGGCUAAGUAUUCUCGUGAAGUAUUAGAAAAUCAACAGCUUAUAAAGAAGGGUUUACCUGCUAACAAAUACCUAUAUAAAGUUCCCAAACCUAGUGAACGAUUUAGUUACAUUGUGGUAGUACCUAAAGAAAUUUAUGAUAACUGUGAAAAAAAAAUACCACAACAAAAAGGAGACUGUAUAAAAUACUCAGAUGUGGUAAAAAAGUUCAAUAAGAAAAUAAAUAUUAAUUAUUAUAUCGAAAGUCUAUUUGGUCUCUAUGCCUGUUUUAUAAAUUAUGAUGAUAAAUAUCAAUCAUCACCUGAAUCUCUCUCAAAAGUCAUAGAUCGCAAAAAGAAAUCCAAGAAGAAGAAAUUAAAAAUUGCUAAAGAUUUAUUGCAGAGCAAUGAUUCUCCGAGUCUAGAUGAAGAUGAAAUAGCAAAAAUUAAAGAUGAAGAGUCACAGAAGUCAGCUAAAAAAUGGCUCAAAAAUUAUAUUAAGAACUUAUGUGAUGCACCGAAAAAAGAUAAAGCCAUUAUCUCCCAUUUAUGGAAAAAUGCUACUACUCAAGCUAAAAAAAUAUGUUCUGGUAUUAGUGAAGCUGGCAUAACCAGAUCUUUAGGCAUCUCUGUAGAGCAUAAUAAUUACCUUAAUAUAUUAGACAAAAUUACAGACACCACUUGUUCGAAAUUAUUGAAUCUACUUUCAAAAUUGUCUAAGCUUAAUCUAGGAUAUAGAAAUGCGAUGUAUAAUUUAAUUAUGCAGAUUUCUGGAAUACAUGGUAUAAGGUGGUUGGCCUUGAAAUUACCUGGCUUCAAGCAUUAUCAAUCACAUAUGGCAAUAAAAAGAUGA